AUGGACUCCGCUAUUAGUAAGCCGUUUGGGUCCGUGCGAUCGACAUAUUCAUACGAUCGAGUCGUCCGCAGCAGUCGUCAAGCCUCCUCCUCGUUCGUUACGAUUAAUCAGAAGCGGUUGUGGCGUCCCUCAUCGUCGCUGUUCCAGCCCAUUCUGGAUUACAUGCCGAACUCCGCCCCAUUUGCGCUGGCGGCCGCGAAUCCUUUUCUGCGCCUCUUCGUCGAGCGCAACGUGGAGGGCGGUGGGUUUGUCAUGAGGGACUACCAAGUCACCCCGCUCCUCCUGGGGAAGAACGGGUGCGGUUGUGGUGGCGCCUGCGGGGCGGACGCGCUCGCUCGAGAAAGCAGCAGAGGGGUCGUGAAUGGGAGCUUGUUCGGGGGCUGUGACGCACGCAGGAACCACAUGGCUGCUGAAUACAGCGGCCUCGGUGCGGGCACCAGUGGCAUGGUUGUGGAGGACGACGGUGUCAUUGAAGCCUGGGAUGACGAGGAAGGUGAUGGUGAGAGCUUUCGGGAGGACAACAGCGAACCGCAGCUUGGUACGAGUAUUAGGCUGGCUCGUGUAAUUCCAUUCCAUAUUAGUGGUAUCGGCACACUGCAAGGCCUGAGUCCGUUGUGCAACCACUGCUACCCGUGUGUAGGCGCUCACCGCAGUGUUCCGUCCACAGCACAGGCCGUCAGUUUCUCGCUAAAGUCAAAUGCUGCCGCGGCGGCUGACAUGCACGACCGUGAGUGCCUUUUGGAGUGUUGGCAGAGCGCAGCGCUGGAGUUGUCCAUGUGCGUGAGCGUCACCUGCACGUCAGACGCUGCCCUUUAUUUUGCCACUCUAGGUGCGUGGUGGCUGUCGCGUUACUAUGGUGUCUCACUGCGGCUUCAUCACGCUCACCCGGCACAGGUAGCAACUUUCAAAGCGGCACAGCAUGCGCUUUCCCUAAAAGAAAUCCAGCUGGAGAACUGCAUCGUAUCGGAGGACCUGCUGCAGUGCAUUUCCACGUGCGCUGACCUCCUGUCGCUCUCCAUCAUCUCCUGCUCCGCAUCGCAGCAGAUCACGCUGCAGUGCAUUAAUUCCAUUUUGCGAAAGGGAAGCGGGAUGCGGCCAGCUGGCUUCUCCAAUACAUACGAUACCCCAUCGGACGUCGACGCGACUGACGGGACGGGCAAACAGGACAUACGACAGGGUUUUGCCACGUCACGCCGUAAUGGGUCCUUGGCGAAGAGGAUGUCAACCGACUCCGGCCGUGAUGGGAAGAGCUGGUACCUCUCUGGCACUCGUUCCCUUGGCUCGUUGAAGCAGCUCCGCUGCCUCCACAUUCUUCACACCCCACUGCACGAGACCUUUCUGCAGGCGCUCACCACAUGCUCCUCUCUGGAGUGCCUCAUCCUGCAUCGGUGUCGCGGUGUCCGCUCUCUCGAGCCGUUACGGCGGCUGCGGCAGCUCCAGUCGCUGAGCCUUCACGGUCUUUCCGUCACGGACACGGGUCUCCUGCCGCUUACCAGCUGCACACAGCUGCGGCAGCUAGUACUGGAUGAGUGCCGACAGAUCACCGAUCUCAGCUUUCUCGCGAAUCUGCGCGGCACACUGGAGCGCCUGCUGAUGCCACGGACGCUGCUGUCCAACGCAAACAUGCAGCACAUCGGCCUGUGCGACAAACUUGUCGAGCUACACCUCCAGUCGCUCCGCCAGCUCACAGACAUUGGUGGUUUGAAGAAUCUGACAGCGCUUCGCGUUCUGAACCUGCGUGACAACCUCGUAACCGAUGAGGGCUGUAGUGCGCUGUACUGCAUGCCGAGCCUGCAGCUGCUGAACUUGGCAUCCUGUCGCUGCAUUACCUCUCUUGCCGCGGCACUUAGCACGUCGGGGCGCUGGACGCAGCGACUGUUGUCGCUCGACUUGUCACAGACAAACAUCACCGAUUCUGGUCUGCGGUGCAUUCAGCAGUGCACCAGCUUGCGAUACCUGAACUUGUGUGGCUGCAGUGAACUGAGGCUGCUGCAUUGGCUGAAGAAAAUGUACUCGCUGCGGUGGCUGCACCUUGGUGGAACUUACAUCACGGACGAGGAGACAAAGCGUUACCUUCCCUACGCGCGCAACCUGCGCUUCCUCAGUCUGAGCGGCUGCUCUAACGUGCGGUCCCUCACCUUUGCCGGCAAGCUUCUGCAGCUUGAGUACUUGUGCCUCGACUUUACGGGUGUGGCAGACAAUGAUCUUUCGUACCUGUGCUGGUGUCGAAAAUUGCGCUACCUCUCGCUGCAGUCGUGCGCCCACAUCCGAGACGUGUCACUGCUGUGCGCGCUGCCAGCGCUGCUGGAGCUAAAUGUCUCUCUGACAGCUGUAGGCUCCUCGGUCGGCAGUGCGCUGAGCACAACAUCCGGCGGCAGCGAUGGCCGGAGCACCCCGCACGGCUCGUCUGCACUUCUUUGCUCGGUUGUGAGCCCUGUGUCGGCAGGGUGUAGUUCGUCACCGUCCUCGAUUGGGUCCACGCCAGCUCUGCCAUUAAGCGUUGGUGCCAGCUGCUUCCCCGUCGUGCAGGUGCUGCACAUGAACGGCUGUAGUCGAAUCUCCCGACUUGAGGAGCUGACGAAGUGUUAUCCACAACUGCGCGUGCUUUACGCCGAUCGCAUCUCCGUAAUGCCGCCACCUAGCAUUGGCUUCGGCCUCAUCGGUAUGGAUGAGCGACGGCGCCUCGGUACGACGGUGCGAAGCCGCGGAUUGCUGCAGCACAGGCGCAGCGUGAGCAUAAGCACUGAUGAAGCAGACAGUGAGAGUCCGCCGGCUGCCAACAGGUCGGCGAUGCACCUUGGUGAAGCUCACCAGCAGUACGUGCCGCAGCCCCCGGUUGCACUGCGACCAAGCACCGCGCACGCAGUAGCGUCCCGCCACAAUCCCCAUCACUGUGGGAGUCCGUGUGGAAACAAGCCCCAGGUAAAGAGCCGAUCAGUCUCGCUGCAUCCUCCUGGCCGGUCUGCUCGCGUGAUCCAGCUGAUGCUUCGGCGUAGCUCCCUCACAGAUAUGAUGCUGGAACAGCUAUGUGUUACCUUUGACUGCGUUUCCUCCCUCGACCUAACGAAGUGCACCGAGGUGCAGUGCCUCUCAGGCUUGGAGAAGCUGUACGCGCUCAGGGAGUUGAUACUGACACAAUCCUCCGUUGGCAAUGACGGAGUACGUGUCAUCAGCGCUUGUGACACGCUCGAAGUGCUGCGCCUCACCGAGUGUCGCAGUGUUACCGACGUAUGCUCUCUCGGCAACCUGCGUAAGUUGCGCGUGUUGUGUCUGGCGCGGACACAGUUGACUAACCAAGGGCUCGAGGGCAUUGGACGCUGCCUCGCACUGCAGUACCUAAACUGUGCGGAGUGUCGUUACCUGUCUGACGUCAAUGCGCUCGGCUCUCUAAAGCACCUGAUCGAACUGCACCUCGAGCGUACAGACGUUGACGGCGCUGGGAUUGCGGGAGUGAUGCGGUGCUCAUCAUUGCAGCGGGUCUACUUCACGCGGUGUCAGCGGCUCACUACAAUUGGCGAUGUUCGAGCGUCUUUGCCACAAUUGGAGGUGCUCGACGUCUAUGGCACAUCGAUCCCGACGCGCGUGGCUGGUCAAGGGCAGCAGUUUGCCUGCGCUGCCAUGUAG